AUGGCUGGAUGGCUAUGCAAGAACUGCCACAAGGCCAAGACAUACAGGCGCUUGACAAGGCUAUGCGCAGACUGCGACACUCGUCAUGGCUUGAGGGGUUUUCACAACAAGAAGAUUGUUCCUGCUAGACGUGUGUUUGGCAAAACAAAUCUGAACAAGGCUAUGAUUGCCAAGAAGAAGCCCAAGCGGAAGUCUGAGCAUGACACCUCUACUGCAGUGGCAGCAGCAUCAGGAAGAGCUCUUGACCUGCGGACAGCUCUGGAGAUGGAGUUCCCACGUCUGAAGAGCCUGUGUGAUCUAGCAGAAUGUCAUGGGGUGCUAGCACAGGCUCACUUGAUUGUCAGAGUGGUGGACAAAUCUGGGCAAACUCUUCCGGAGGCCACACCAACGGUUGUGAAGGCACUCCUCUAUUGCGCAUUGGGUUUGUGCGCAUUCUUUACAGAUGAGGACCAAACAGAGAUCAGGAAGAAGUUGCGAGAUUCCUUCCAGGCUUUGGACAUGGUGGCUGUCCGAAAGGCCGAGUGUGUUUGGCACAACUUGCUGGGUGCCUGUAAGUCUGGCUUCCUGUGGAAGUAG